CCCACCCGGACGCCGCUCUUCCCUGCGAACAGCCGCCUCCUGCGUAGCGGGUUUGGACCUUCCUGCUGCGCAGCUCUGAGAGCAACUUUUGGCCGCGGCGAUCUCGGGCCGCUUGGCAGGUCGCCUCCGAGUGCGCGGAGCGACUCUCGCUCGUGCCCUCGGCGCUUCCGGCUCCUCGGAGCCCCGCCGGGGGCACCAGCUCGCGCCCCCGCUGUGCCGCUGCAGGCUCGGGCCUGGCCGUGGGAUGUUAGCGGUGGGGGCGAUGGAGGGCACCCGGCAGAGCGCGUUCCUGCUCAGCAGCCCGCCCCUGGCCGCCUUGCACAGCAUGGCAGAGAUGAAGACCCCGCUGUACCCCGCCGCGUACGCCCCUCUUCCCGCCGGCCCCCCCUCUUCCUCCUCCUCGUCGUCCUCCUCGUCGUCGCCUUCCCCGCCUUUGGGUGCCCACAACCCGGGUGGCUUGAAGCCCCCAGCCGCGGGGGGGCUCUCGUCCCUAGGCAGCCCCCCGCAGCAGCUCUCCGUCGCCACCCCACACGGCAUCAACGACAUUCUAAGCCGGCCCUCCAUGCCGGUGGCCUCCGGGGCCGCCCUGCCUUCCGCCUCGCCCUCUGGUUCCUCCUCCUCCUCUUCCUCGUCUGCCUCUGCCUCCUCCGCCUCUGCUGCCGCCGCCGCUGCUGCUGCGGCCGCGGCCGCCGCCUCAUCCCCGGCGGGGCUGCUGGCCGGCCUGCCCCGCUUCAGCAGCCUAAGCCCGCCGCCGCCGCCGCCUGGGCUUUACUUCAGCCCCAGCGCCGCGGCCGUGGCCGCCGUGGGCCGAUACCCCAAGCCGCUGGCGGAGCUGCCCGGCCGGACGCCCAUCUUCUGGCCCGGAGUGAUGCAGAGCCCGCCCUGGAGGGACGCACGCCUGGCUUGUACCCCUCAUCAAGGAUCCAUUUUGUUGGACAAAGACGGGAAGAGAAAACACACGAGACCCACGUUCUCAGGCCAGCAGAUCUUCGCCCUGGAGAAGACUUUCGAACAAACUAAAUACUUGGCGGGGCCUGAGAGGGCUCGCUUGGCCUAUUCAUUGGGGAUGACAGAGAGUCAGGUCAAGGUUUGGUUCCAGAACCGCCGGACCAAGUGGAGGAAGAAGCACGCGGCCGAGAUGGCCACGGCCAAGAAGAAGCAGGACUCGGAGACCGAGCGGCUCAAGGGGGCCUCGGAGAACGAGGAGGAGGACGACGACUACAACAAGCCUUUGGACCCCAACUCGGACGACGAGAAAAUCACGCAGCUGCUGAAGAAGCACAAGUCCGGCGGCGGCGGCUGCGGCGGCGGGGGGCUGCUGCUGCACGCGACCGAGACCGAGGGCUCGUCCUGAGCGCCCGCCGCCGCCGCACCUUCCCGGCUCCCGCCCGGCCUCCGGGCCGCUGGGGGCGCGGGGACUGCGGAGGCGGCGCCCCCACGCCCGCCUGCCCCCUGGGGCUCGGAGGACCCGGCCCCGCCUGCCGGCACGCCGGGCAGCCUUUGCUAUUUUCUGAGAUGUACAUAUCUAUUUUUUUAACCUUGAAGGUGAGGGGAGGAGGUGGGGGAGGGGAACGUGGGGGUUGAUAAGAAGGCAAAAAAGGACCGCGGAAGGCACUGCAGAAAUAACGCAACCGAAACCCGCAGCCGGGCGACCGUCCCGACUCCGCUCCGGGUCCCCAGACCGGUCCCCGUCGGCGGGCAGCGGCCUCCCGCCGGGGUCCUCCCCCUCCACCCGCCCCGCUUUUGCAGGAGGCCGGGAAGGGGGCGCCCGGAGGUGCUUUAGAAGGGUCAGCCCCCACAACGAGGGGGACUUCAGAGCCACGCGGGCGGGCGACCGCCACCGCUGGGAAGAGGGCGUUCCUCCCCACACACAGUGCUGUGUGCCGACUAAAGCAACCUGUUGAAGGCUCUUUGUAAAUAAAUCGUGAGUUACACUGACUAGAAGUUACUUUAUUGUGAAUAUUUAAAACGUAAAAUGCCUUUUUGAAUUUCGUAUGAAAAGAUGGACCUUCUUCCUUCUACCCCUCUCCUUUUAAGAGCUAUUCAAACCACACCGUCCUCUUUUACUUUGAACUUAAUUUGAGAAGCAUAGAAUAGAAUGUUAUCACCGUCCCCUCCACCCGCUUCCCGGUUUGGAUUUGUUGACUCUUACUUUCCCCCUUCACCCCACCUUUCCCUGCCCUCAACAGCCUGCGUCUGCGCUGGGCUCCCGCCCCCAGGACUUGAAGCAGAGGACUUGGGAACCAAGGAGGGCCUCACACCUGCCCCUCCGUUCCUUCCUGAAAUUGCACAGUGGUUUGUUGCUAUUUAUUAGUGAUUUAAAGAAAGCAUUGGGGAGGGAGGGGCCACAAUAGCUUGUAUUUAAUUUAACUCCUUUCUGAUAAAAAUGCGUGUUAAAGUAGAUGGUGGGAAUUGUUACAACUGCUCUGGGUCAUAAACAUAAAAAUCCGUUUAGUUGCUGUAAUUGAAUUUGAAGUGUUUUGUAUCAUAAGAAUACUAUAGAAUAUGUAAAUUGUUUUCUUUUUAAGCUAAUAAUGGUGAUAUAUUAGCAUCUUUAACCUUUAUUAAUUUAUAUAAGGAAUUCGGUUUGUAAAGAGAAGAACACCUCCCCCCUUUGCAAGACCAGUUAAAUGUAAUGCACUUUCUGUUUCAAAGGAUAAAUCAAAUUAAAAAACAGUUUGAA